GCUUUGAGUCACAACCAAAGUAAAGAGCUUUGGUUCUGCAAGCCAAUUCGACCUCCAACUCUUUUCCGUGUUCUAUACGUAAAUAAUCCUUAGAGCUACAAGUUAGAUUGCUUCAAUUGAGGUAGCGGGCCACUCGUUGGUCGAAAGAUCGUCUAUCUCGUAACAACUUACCCUCCAAGCUUAGACAAGGAUCACCGAAUAGCUUCAAGAUCGAUAACGUUAUGGCCGAGCAAGACCAAACUUUCGUGGAUAUCCGGCCGCUGCUUCAGCGCCUAUGGCCCGAUCCAGCUAAAGAAAAAGUAACUUCUAAAGAAAUCGCUGAUGCCCUCGCUCUCAUCUUCACCAACCAGCUUAGCCCCGUCCAGACCGGCUCGCUGCUGACAGCUCUGCACUUCACCGGCUGGGACCGCCGUGCCGAUGUCCUCGCCGAGGCAUCCGCAGCUAUGCGCCGUCACGCUGCCAAGAUCGAUUCCGCUGCUCUCGAAAAAGUCAUUGCGAAUCGCCGGCGACCUGAGGGAAAGUAUAACGGCGGGCUAUGUGACAUAGUUGGCACGGGCGGUGACUCUCACAAUACCUUCAACAUAUCAACCACAUCUUCUAUCCUCGCCUCCUCUCUCCUUCUACUAGCCAAGCAUGGAAACCGUGCUUCGACAUCUAAAUCCGGCUCUGCCGACCUACUUAUGAACAUGCAACCGACACCCGCGCAGCUGGGCCGCAUAAACCCCUCUACUAUUACCGACGUAUACGCCCGCACCAACUACGCUUUCCUAUUCGCCCCCGUCUUCCAUCCCGGCAUGAAACACGUCGCGUCCGUACGCAAGGAGCUCGGCUGGCGUACCAUCUUUAACCUACUCGGGCCCCUAAGCAAUCCCCUCGGCGACGCUAUCGAAGCCCGUAUGUUGGGUGUUGCCCGCGAUGAUUUGGGCCCUGUAUUUGCCGAGGCUCUACGCAUCUCCGGCGCUAAGAAGGGCCUCGUCGUAUGUGGCAAGGAACAACUAGAUGAGGUGUCGUGCGCUGGACCCACGCUAUGCUGGCAGUUGGUAGAACAUGCCAGCGGAACCAUAGACGUCGAACACUUUACGCUAGAACCGGCCGAUUUUGGGCUAAGCACGCACCCGCUAAGUACCGUGUCUCCUGGUCGCGAGCCGCACGAGAACGCCGAAAUCCUACGACGCCUAUUAAAUAACGAGUUACCAUCUAACGACCCGAUCCUCGAGUUUGUGUUGAUAAACACAGCGGCGUUCCUAGUCGCUUCAGGGAUCUGCGAGGCCGACGAAAGCGCCAUGGGAUCCGGCGAUGACGGGAAAGUUAUUAAGGAACGCGGGCCAGGAGGCGGUCGCUGGAAGGAGGGUGUACGCCGUGCGCGAUGGACUAUAGAGAGUGGCGAAGCGUGGAAGCAGUGGAGUGCUUUUGCCGCGGUUACGAAUAGUUUACCCGCUUAAGACUCGUAUUGUUUCUUUGAGACGCUGAUUUUUCAAGACAUAGGGAGACUUAUAUUUUCUCCGUUUCAAGUUGAUACCAGAGAAACAGGGUCGGAGGCACGCUGGGCUAUACCAGCUAUAAUUGAUGUCUACGACGGGGUAGAUGUAAAAUCGGGAAAGGAUAAAAAAGGUCACGACAUUAGCUUGGCAUGGAAAAGGGGCAAGGGAAUUCAACUCGAGAAGGAUGCCUAUUUCCAGUAUACUUAAAAGUUCCUUUGGCUAAGUCUUUAGAUUCCAGUGGCAUUUGCUAAUAAACGUAAAUGCUUUAUGUCACUAAUGAUAGCCGUUCUAUAAGGGGUCAAAUCGAUCAAAUAAAAGACU